CUCUUUCUCUGACCCUUCCUUCCUUUCUCACUUGCCUUUCUGCUUCAAUUAUCAUCCCCUUCAUUUCUCAACCCUCUUCUUCUUGAAAUGGGUUCGAGCUCUAGUCGACUGGGUUCGCGCCCAUCUCGGCCCCGACCCAAUCGCUCCAUCCUCUCCUCUCUCGUCUGCGGCGGCUCUUCCUCACGUGCCACUCUCGAGAUGGAAGAUCAUCAAGCUGAGUGCCUGGUGAGACACGUAGAGCAUUGUGAUCGGGGUAAUAAUCCAGUUCAGAACUCCACAGACGUGUCUUCGUUGAUCUCCAGUACAGGGGCAGGGUUUACCUUCCCCAAUACUGAAAUUGGAUCCUCAUCUCAAAGCGUUGCUCCGGAAGGUCAGGGUACUUACUUUGAAGAAGGUUUAAGAAGUUUUGGCACAAGUAACCAAGGGAAGUGCUUGUCCAGGAGUAAGGAGCUCAUUUCUCAUCCGGUAAGUGCUGGUUGUAAUCAUGAUGAAUCUAGUAGGGAUAAUAGUACUGCAGCUAGUACUUCGUUUAAAGAACAACAAUCUUCCCACCGAGUCUCUGUGAAUAGUUCGGCUAACAUGGAUACAGUCACUGGCUCCGCAGACAAGAGUGCAUCUCAGGCUCGUCCUGUGGUUAUGCGUCCAAAUAGUUCGUCUCCACAAACGAUUGGGAAUUCCCAUUCUGAUAACAUGUCCGUUGAGAAUCAUGUGGCUGAAGUAAUGGCUGUCCAUAAUACUAAUGCUGAUGCUGAUUCUGUUCAUGUUUCUGAUAUACCGUUACCUUUUCCCUCACGCGGAAAUGAUACCCUUCGGGAGGCAAUACCUUCUGGCUUAGGAUUCCUUAUGUCCAACAGGGAACAAAGCCGGGAAGAUGGAAGUGUAGUUCAUGUUGAUGUCAUGAGCAUUUCUUCGAACUUUUUGUCCAGGAGUAAUGGUGACACAAGUAACCGUGAGUCCAGAAGGAAUGGUAGGCGUCUUUUUUGGGAUGCAUUUUCAAGACGCAGUUCGAGAAGGUUUAUCGAUUCGCCAACCAUACUUUUCUCUACUGAUGACACUGAGGAUCUAGGAUUUCAUGACAGAUGGCUACUUGGUUUGAGUGGUGAUUUUCUUGAUGAACGGAGUGGAGCUGAUUCUGGUCACCAGGUGAAUAGAACUCCUAACUUGAGUGAACGGCGCCGACACUCUAGAUCUGAGGUCUGGGAAAGGCUUCGUGGUGGCCUUGAUGGUAAUGGUCACCGCAAUACUACUUGUCCUACAGGGAUUCACCCCAGAGGCAUGUGCUCAUGUGGUUCAUUCUUGAUGACGGAAGAGUCUAGUGCUCGGGCAAGUAUAUCGAGAAUUGUGAUGCUUGCUGAAGCUCUAUUCGAGGUUUUGGAUGAAAUUCAUCGCCAACCCGUGUCACUUUCACUGUCUAUGGUCUCAGUCCCUGCCCCAGCAUCUGUUGUUGACUCAUUUCCUCUGAAGAGUCACAGUAAGCUUGACAAAUUGAAGCAUGGGGAUGAUGUUGAACAGUGCUACAUCUGCCUCGCUGAGUAUGAGGAAGGGGACAAAAUUCGAGUUCUGCCUUGCCACCAUGAGUAUCACAUGUCAUGUGUGGAUAAGUGGCUCAAAGAGAUACAUGGAGUUUGUCCACUUUGUCGAGGAGAUGUUCGUGAAGGUUUGAAUGACCGCUCUGUAUCUAACUCGAUAUCUUCUAUUUGAUAUGAAUUGUUCAUAUGAAUCUGUAAAUAUUGAUGGUCCUUCGCAUAUACAACUUUUUAUCCUCCACGGGCAAAUACUAACUCAUUUAUGCUCAGUGCUAACUUGCAUCUGAAUUUUCCAAGUCAAUCCUCAUGAUGCGGAUUUGUUGUUCUUGUACAGAGAUUAAGAAAUAUUAGAUAUUUGGAUCAAUGUUUAUUUUACGC